GGGUAGCGGGGUGCUAGUUUCUCCCACAGCUCAGUUCCCUAGCCCCCUGAGGGCUUAGAGAGCCAGGCAGAGCCCGCACGCGGUGGUGGAGCACUGCACCGGGAGGGCCACUGGGCAUGCUCAGAAGCCGGCCGCUCGGGUUUCCAGCAGGCGGCUAGUGCAUUACACCAGCGCGCGCGGCCCGGGGCGGAGGGAGCGGCCAGUGGUGGCCGCGACCGCCACCACCAGGCAGAGGGAGACUUCGUGGGGAGGGAAAGACCCUUCUUUCCACUUGGAGCAGCGGCUUGCUUCUGCUUUGGACAAAAGAGAACCCAGAGUAAAGGAGACAGAAGAAAAAGAAAAAAAGGAAAAGUGACAGCGGAGGUUGAGGGGGGAAAAAAAAAGAAAAGAAAAGAAAAAGAAAAAAAAAAAAGGACGUGAACCGAGAGGCCGGCGCGCCAGGGAGCCUGAGGCGCGGGGGCGGCUGUGCGGAGCCCGAGCGCCGCCGCUUGGGCAGGUGCCGCGGCCGCUGCCCGGAGGCGGCAUGUGACGCGCGGUCGCAGCUGCCCGCGGGCGGAGCGCCCUCGAACCCCGGAGCGCACAGCGCGGGGCAGUUCGGCGCAUCUGGAUCCACGCGGCGCUCGGCUCCUCAGAGCUUUCGUCUGGGCGGCCGUAGCGCUUCUGGAAAGAGGAGCGAUGAACCCAAGGGCGGCUCCAGCCUUGGCCACGCCGUCCUAGGACUCUUGCCCCAGCUAAGCGCGGAGCAGGCGGAGAGGGGAACCCGGCGUCCCCCGCGCACCCGGGAGGCGCGCACGACCGACCGGCGCGGGACGGACACCUGGAGCGCAGCAGCCAGAACUGGAAAGUGAUGGCACAUAUUUCAGUUAUGAGUUACUCAGUGGACUGUGGAUUGACUGAAUCAUAUCCAUUCCCAUCAUGACGUCCACCACUAAGGCUCUUCACUAGUAGCUUUUGUGGUAGCAUGGCACCUGAUUCCUUUCUGCAAGAGAAAUUCAGCACACAACACAGUUCUUGAUACAUUGGAUUGGUUUGAUGACCCUACCUGGAAUAGACACUGUGGGGAUUGCUGGAGACAUGUGGAAGACUGAAAACACUUUCCAGAUUUAACCUUUUCCCGUGUUACUAUGUCAGAGAGUCACAAUGACCUUGCACAAUAACAAUACAACCUCGCCUUUGUUUCCAGACAUCGGCUCUUCCUGGAUACACAGCCCCUCAGAUGCAGGGCUGCCCCCAGGAACAGUCACUCAUUUCGGCAGCUACAACAUUUCCCAAGUAGGUGGGAAUAUCUCCUCUUCAAAUGAUACCACCAGUGACCCCUUGGGAGGUCAUACCAUCUGGCAAGUGGUCUUCAUUGCAUUUUUAACGGGCAUCCUGGCCCUGGUGACCAUCAUUGGCAACAUCCUAGUGAUAGUGGCAUUUAAGGUCAACAAGCAACUAAAGACAGUCAACAACUACUUCCUUUUAAGCCUGGCCUGUGCUGAUCUGAUUAUCGGGGUCAUUUCCAUGAAUCUGUUUACUACCUACAUCAUCAUGAAUCGAUGGGCUUUAGGGAAUUUGGCUUGUGACCUCUGGCUUGCCAUUGACUAUGUGGCUAGCAAUGCCUCAGUCAUGAAUCUUUUGGUCAUUAGCUUUGACAGAUACUUUUCCAUCACAAGGCCACUCACUUACCGGGCUAAACGAACAACAAAAAGAGCUGGUGUGAUGAUAGGUCUGGCUUGGGUCAUCUCCUUUGUCCUUUGGGCCCCCGCCAUCUUAUUCUGGCAGUACUUUGUUGGGAAGAGAACUGUGCCCCCCGGAGAAUGUUUCAUCCAGUUCCUCAGUGAACCAACCAUAACCUUCGGCACAGCCAUUGCUGCCUUUUAUAUGCCUGUCACCAUCAUGACUAUUUUAUACUGGAGGAUCUAUAAGGAGACUGAAAAGCGUACCAAAGAGCUUGCUGGACUGCAAGCCUCUGGGACAGAAGCAGAGGCAGAAAACUUUGUCCACCCUACAGGCAGUUCUCGAAGCUGCAGCAGCUAUGAGCUUCAACAGCAAAGCAUGAACCGCUCAACCAGACGCAAGUAUGGCCGCUGCCAUUUCUGGUUCACAACUAAGAGCUGGAAGCCCAGUGCUGAGCAGAUGGACCAAGACCACAGCAGCAGUGACAGCUGGAAUAACAAUGAUGCCGCUGCCUCCCUGGAAAACUCCGCCUCCUCCGAUGAGGAGGACAUCGGCUCCGAGACAAGAGCCAUCUACUCAAUUGUGCUCAAGCUUCCCGGUCAUGGCACCAUUCUCAACUCCACCAAAUUACCCUCAUCAGAUAACCUGCAGGUGCCUGAUGAAGAACUGGGAACAGCAAACUUAGAGAGGAAAGCCAGCAAACUGCAAGCCCAGAAGAGUGUGGAUGAUGGAGGCAAUUUCCAGAAAAGCUUCUCCAAGCUUCCCAUCCAGUUAGAGUCAGCUGUGGACUCAACCAAUACCUCUGAUGCCAACUCUUCAGUGGGUAAGACCACGGCCACUCUACCUCUGUCCUUCAAGGAAGCAACGCUGGCCAAGAGGUUUGCUCUGAAGACCAGAAGUCAGAUCACAAAGCGUAAACGGAUGUCCCUCAUCAAGGAAAAGAAAGCAGCCCAGACCCUCAGCGCCAUCUUGCUUGCCUUCAUUAUCACCUGGACCCCCUAUAACAUUAUGGUUCUGGUGAACACCUUUUGUGAAAGCUGCAUACCCAAAACCUAUUGGAAUCUGGGCUACUGGCUGUGCUACAUCAACAGCACCGUGAACCCUGUGUGCUAUGCCCUGUGCAACAAAACAUUCAGAACCACGUUCAAGAUGCUGUUGCUGUGCCAGUGUGACAAACGGAAACGGCGCAAGCAGCAAUACCAGCAGAGACAGUCGGUUAUUUUUCAUAAGCGUGUGCCCGAGCAGGCCGUGUAGAGUUAGGCUUUAUACAUAGCAGUGACCAAACACACAUCAACCCACAAACCUUAGGAGGUGAGAGUGGGAGUGAUUUCUGGUGAUGAUAAAAAAAAAUGUUUUUAUCAACCAGAUAUGAAAGAAGCUAUUUACUGGUCCAUUGAAUGAACCCAUGUUAAUAUAAAGUCAAAUACCAAUUCAGAAAAAAAAAAAAGUAAGUGUGCUGAGCAUUAAAAAAAAUAUUCUGAAGCAGACUUUGAGUGUCUUAAGGAGGAAAAAUAUGUCAUGGCAAUUAGAUGCCCAAAUUGAUCUGCUUGUUUCUUUUAACUCCCAUUAGUUGUGGGAUCUCACAUGGGCAUAACUAGCUGACUCAAUUGCCGUGUUCCUUCCAAGGAUCUCAGAAGUGUCAUUCAAGAUCUCACAUGGAAAAUGUUAAGCUAGUGAAUCCAUGGUUUUGAAAUUAUUUCACAUAUUGCAGAGCUGAACCUUCUUGUCCCAGUAGAGCUUCCUGUUUUCUCUUUGGUGUGUUGUUAAACUCUGUCUGUGGAAUUGACUCUUGAUACUUGCAAAGUACUGUUUUGUGCAGUUCAAGUUUCAUACAAAUAAAUAAAUAUAUAUGUGUGUGUGUGUGUGUGUGUGUGUGUGUGUGUGUGUGUGUGUGUGUGUGUGUGUGUGAAAGAGAGAGAGAGAGAGUUCCACACACAAGCACAUAGUGUAUAUAGUAUAAUGAGAAUCACUGAACUGGCAAAUUGUUCCUGCAAUAUAUGCUUUCAGUACUUUGGUAUCGGAAGUUUUCUAGGAUCCUAACACAACAUAAAAGUGAAGUAAACCAGUAUGUUUUGGAAACUGGGGUUGUUGUCCACACACCACCCUGGAGGGUGUGCAGUAAAGUGUAGUCAAGCAGCUUUUUGAGUCAGAGUUAGAGCCAGGGCUCUGACUAGUCUCAAGAGUGUAAGCAGUCUCCUUUGUUGAGAUCCUCAACAGAGUUAAGUCAAAUUAGGGUCCCAAUGGAGCUCAAAGAAUACAUCGUAUUCACCUUUGGAUUUAAUUAUCCAAACCUGAAUGUCUCCGAACACAGUUCUUGCUAUCUAAAUAGCUGGAAACUCGAUGUUAGUAUCACGUUUGAAUGUCCUAUCAUAGCAAUGCAAGAGACAUGUUGGGGUGGAUAUAGAACAAAUGGUCUCUGUUUUCUUGCUACCUGGCACCUUCUAAAUGAAAAAGGGCUUACACCUUUGUUACUUAGUUAAGGCCAGUGCUUUCUGGUAUUCCUGUGUGACUUCACUCAGCGAUAGGCGGGGUUUAGGAGGUCACAUGCCCUCUGAAGAAACUGUUAGACUUGGAAAGUGUGACUCUAAAUCAAUUUCCUAACAUUUUGAAAGAAUGAUUUUGUAUUCUCCACUGAAUUGACCAAAAUGCUAAAUGUUCUCUUCGGGGCAGGGAGGGGGUACUUGUUGUCAUCUUUGCUGCCGCUGUAGUUCUUGGGGCUCCUCCUUUUCCUAUUGCUGGGGUUGUGUGGGGAGGGGGGUGGGGGUGGGGCUGAGGAGAAUCUUACCUUUGUACAGGGCCUCUGGUACCAGAACCAGAGCUGGGGUAGAAGCUGCUUUUGUAUUCAGUGUGAGCUGGUGUUUACAGGUGACUUUAUAACAGUGGAUGUGUACUCUGUGGUGUCUGUGUUUCUGGACUAUUUAAUUUUGUGUUAUGUUUAUAUGAAGAAAUAUUUAUGCAUACUUCACCAAUUGUUUAUUUAAUGUUGAUAAAUAUUCCUCUUCAGUCUUCAGUCGUGGUGUCCUUUGAAAGUUACUCUUUAAGGGCCUCUUGCACAAUGAAUAUGGUAUAUGGAGCUUACUUGUGGCUAAGAAGAAAAAGUCAUCCUGUUGGCAUCAGCAAGUAUCUCACGCUUUCCAGGUAAUAAGUCAACUGUAACUUCAACGUGAAUGUUUAAAACUACUCUUCAGUUAAAACUGAUGGGAACUGAACAAAGCAACCUUCCACUACUGUGUUUGAAAUCGUACGAUAAAAACAAGUCUGCAUAAAUGAAUGAUUUUUUUUGUGGCCCACAUUCAACCAAAGAACAAGAAAAAACAGAGACAACUUCCUAACGUGUAUAGCAAGUCACAGAAUGCUAUGUUAUCCACCUGUGAAAUGUCUAGUGAGCAACUGCAACUAUAUUUUAUUAUUUGAGUUGGCCUGACACUAAUAAAGAUGUGAAUGCUUA